AUGGACAUGAGCGUCAUCUUCAAGAAUUUGGCUAUAAUUCAUGGUAACGAUGAAUUUGGAAGAAACGUGUUACAUGUAUGCUCGUCUAUAGCAGAAAAAUAUACGAUUGUUGAAUGGCUAUUAAAGUAUAAAAAGAUUGAUAUUAAUAUUAAAAAUGUUGAGUCCGGUUAUUCUGCGCUACACUGCGCCGUCUUUUAUGGUCAAAUACGGACAGCUGUCAACCUUAUCAAAGCCGGAGCUCUAUUCACUCUUGACAAUGAUUAUUUGACACCUCUUGAUCACGUGAUUCGAGAUACAUAUAUUGAAACACGUGUUCAAGAUUCAACUGGCGAGCGAUAUGCUCUCGAAUCAUACGAUGUUUACACAUUUGGAGAAAACACAAAUUCAAAUCUUGGCCAUAAUAGCGAAACAGCAAAAAAAACACCAGAAAUAAUCGACAUAUUUCGUCGAUAUUCAAUAUGCAUAACAAAGGUUAAGAUUGAUAAAUUUCAUACGGUUUUCUUAGCUGAUAAUGGCAGUGUAUAUUCUUGUGGAUUUGGUGUUGGUGGACGUCUAGGCCAUGACAAUGAAGAAUCAGUUGUUAUUCCGAAAAAGAUUGAAAUGAUGGAAUUAAUCAAGGAAAAAGAAUACGAUCGAUGUGUUGAUAUAGAAGUAUCGGUUGAUAAUACCUAUUUUUUAACAGAAAAAGGAUUUUUAUGGAGUUGUGGUUUAAAUCAAUAUCAUCAACUGGGUCAUCCAACAUUAACAAAAGUCUUAGUUCCAACAAAAAUUCAAUUCCGACAACUAAAAGAUAAAAAAAUAACGAAAAUGGCUUGUGGAAGAUUUCAUUCAGCGCUUAUUGUUGAUGAUCAAUUGUAUACAUUUGGUUUAAAUGCUGGACACUUAGGUCAUCAAAAAGGCGAGCAGUUUAUUCAACACCCAAUGUUGGUAACAAAAUUUAACAGUAAAGAAGAGUACGUGCAAAAACUAUUGUGUAAUGACUAUGCUAUUAUAUGCUAUACAAACAAAGGUGAUAUCUAUGUAUUAAACGAUUACAAACCUCGAAAAAUUGUUAAAAAUGUAUUAAAUAUUACCGAGUUAGGCGUGACUGGUGGUCGAUUAGAUUCUAAAGUAGAGUCAAGCGGAGUUCUCAAAGAAAAUGUUGGUGAUGAUUUGAAAUUAUUUUACUUACAAUCCGCGAAACUUUAUAUUUGGAAUGAAAAAGAUUGUUUAAGAAAGUUAUGUUUAUGGACUACUCAUCAAAAAUUACUAAUUGAACAUAUAGCAGUCGGCAGUUCAGCUCUUAUUUUUACAACCAUAGAAGGUCAAGCAUAUACAGUUAAUUUAGAUAAGUUAUCAAUUGGAAAAAAGUCAAAGCACGAUCAAGAUACUAGUAAUUCAAUCUAUGAUGAAGGUCGAAUUCAAACAUUAACACCAGUAGCUGUUCAAUUUCUACAUCGUUCCCGUUUUGUUACAGUCGAUCGGAAAGGACGAACAUUUUCUGCCCUACAAUAUCAUCCAAAUACAAAUUUAAAUGCAUAUCCAAGAUAUCCAACGAGUAUAUUUGAUGAAGAUAUUAAUCGUUUGUUUGAUGAGAAAGAUCAUUAUGAUUCUGUCCAUGACAUUAUCGUUAAAAUUAAUCAACACGAAUUUCCUUUACAUCGGUAUAUUUUGGCAAUGAAAAGUGAAUAUUUUCGAAAAUUAAUUUUAAACAUGAAUGAAAAUGAAAAUAUAACUACCGAUAAACCUAGUAAGAAAAAGAAAGAAAAAAACACACAAGAAUUAAUUAUUGAUGAUAUCGUUGAUAUUGAUAUGUUUAAACUAAUUUUGGAAUACAUUUAUGGUCAAAAAUGUCCAUAUAUGACAUUGUGUGAAAGAGCAAAAGACAAACAAAAUGCAUUAUUAUUAUAUACGAAUCAACGUCAUGAUGAAAAUGAUUCAAAUGAUGAUGAUAACGACUUUAAUAAUAAUCGAAAAAAGAAAUUUCAAAAAUCAAAGAAGAAGAAAAAAGUCUGUUUAAUUCCAGCUGUUGUUAAUGAUACUGUUACCAGUGCAACACUGCAAAAAGAUGAACUGUCCUCCAACUUAGAUCAACUUAUUGAUUUAUCCAAACGAUUUCAAUUACAUAGUUUAAAGAAACGAUUAGAUAGCGUUAAACAAAGUCGUCAACGAAAUGAACUUAUCGAUACCGACAUAGGCCAAUUAAAGCUAAAAAAUCAUUUUUCUCGUCAAGCAUUACCUGAAUUGUACGACGUUUCGAUUGUUGCCGAAGAUGGCAACAAACUUUUCUGUCAUAAAUGCAUUUUGACAUCUCGAAUGGAAUAUUUUCACAGUAUGUUCUUAGCUGGUUGGAUGGAGAGUCAGAAUAAUCCUGAAUUGAAGAUGACAAUACCGUCGAAUCUAUUAGAAAUUCUAAUUGAUUAUUUAUACACCGACAAGUUAACUGACAAAUAUAAUAUUGAAUUAUUAUGUCAACUACUUGUUUACGCUGAUCAACUCUUAAUUCCAAGACUGAAAGAAAUUUGUGAAUUUCAUAUUUCAAAUCUUAUAACAUUUCGGGAUGCUGCCGAUAUUUUGAAAUUUUCGUCUACUUACAACGCUAUAGAAUUAAAAGCAUUUGUUGAACAAUUUAUUUGUCGAAAUAUGGCAACGUUUCUUGAAGGACGGUUAUUAGACAAUGUUGAUGAUGAUUUACUAAAUGAUUUGACUAAAUCCUAUCGGAACAUGUUGGACUGCAUGAGUUAUCGAAUGAUUACUCCGUACAGUGAUUGCCCUUCAUUAGAGCCAAUUAUGAAUGAUUUAUUAACACUUGAAGAGCUUAAUGAAAUAGCCGUUGAUAAUGAUGAUCUCAAGAAACCAAAACGAAAACAAAUUAGAUUACGCAUGUCUGAAGGUGACUCGAAAACUGAGAAUUUCUCUGUUAUCACACAAAGAACUAGUCCAGACGCUGUAUCAACACUAGUGGCCGAGAAAACAAAUGGAGUCUAUUCAACAAUUCCAAAAAAUACACAAGAAGACAAAUGGAUAUCGGUAAAAGCCCCGAAAGACAAAAAGCAGAAUAAGCCAAAACAAUUAACGCCAUCAUCAAAAGCACAAAUGUCAACAGCAAAUGAUACUAAGGUGGUGUCAAAGCCCUUAAUACCUGGUGCUACUUACUCUCAAAAAGAUGUUAUCAAGUUAGCAGCUAUGAAAAAGACGUCAGUGAAUAGUUUGAUCUCGUCAACACUGCACGACAUUGGGAAGCAGCAAAAUAUGCCUUCGAUUAAUGAAUUAGAAUCUGUGAAAAGCCCGAAAGUUUUAGCAAGUAACGAUGCAACACGAUCAGCCUGGAAUGUAUCAACUCAUUCAGUUUCUAAACUUUCAAUUCAAGACGUUAUCGAGAAUGAUACUACUCCAGCUAAAAAAGCAAAAUCAUCAAAAAUACCUGCGCCAGUAUCAAUAACAGCGACGAAUCCUGAACCAAUCGUUAUUCGAUCCGAUCCAGUAUCCAUAGCAUCACCAGCAGUUCAAUCACCAAUAGAAAAUCCCUGGUCAAUUUCUCCAAAGUCACCACCACAAACAGCAUUAUUUCACCAAUUAUCUUCUCCUCCGCCCCAUUCGUUCAGAUCAAUUUUGGAUGAUGAAAUGCGCCAACGAGAAGCAUUAAGACAAGUAACCAAUAAAUCGUUUGAACUGAUUCAGAUCGAAGAGCAUGCAAUUCAAGCAUUAAAACGAUUAUAUUCCGUUGAUCAACAAUUUGAUAUGAGAAUUACAGUUGAACGAGUCGUUCCUCUCACAGCAAAUCCAAUUUGGCCUCGUACACCUACAACAUCUUCAACUGGAUCAAAUAGCAUAGGUUCUGGAAAAAAAAUUCAUUUAAAUCCGUUUAUUUCUAACAAUAAACGUCAUAAAACUCCAUCAUCAACUUUAAAUUCAAAUCAAACAACCAUUUUACCUCAAUAUAUGCGAGCGUGGUUAAUUUAUAAAUAUGGUGAUAACAGUCAGUUAACAUUUGACAAUGUUUCAUUACCAAUUUUAACGUCACCAAAAGAUGUAUUAAUUAAAGUGUCAGCAAGCAGUGUUAAUCCAAUAGAUUUCCGACGUGGAUACGCUGGAAAUAUACUCAAUAUAUAUCAGUUAAUUAAAAAUCGUCUAAUGAUUGAUGUAUCAACUUCGGAAUUUCCAUUAAUCUUGGGAAGAGAUUUUUGUGGAGAGAUUGUACGUUGCGGUCCAGCAGUGACAAAAUUCAAAUGUGGAGACAAAGUUUAUGGUGCUCUUCAAAUAACACGACAAGGCUCAUUUGCUGAAUAUUGUACGGCAGCAGAAAAUGAAAUAUGCUUAAAACCCAAUAAUCUUACUGAUGAAGUUGCGACAAGUUUACCCCUUGUAUCUCUGACCAGUUGGUAUGCUUUGAGAAAAUUUGGUGGGAUCACUCCAGAAAAUGCUUAUGGAAAACGUGCUCUUUUACUAGGCGCCAGCGGAGGUGUUGGUCACAUCGCGUUACAGUUAUUAACAAAUUUGGGCAUUGAAACAACCGCUUUAUGUGGCGAGAAAUCAUUUGAUUUUGUACGAAGUUUAGGAGCUUACGAGACAAUUGACUACAAGAGACCUGAUUUAUUUGACGAACUGAGUCGUAAACCUAAAUUUCAAUUUGUGUUGGAUACUAUUGGAUCAUCUAACUACAAUGUUGACCGUUUGGUUCCAGUUAUGUCACCCGGUUCAACAUUUGUCACUAUCAUCAGUCCUUUAUUUCGAAACACCGAUAAAUAUGGAAUACUGCCUGGCUUAUCGCGAUCAGCAUAUCAAGCAGUGUCAACAACUUUGAAAGGCUUAUCAAAUGGUAUCAGUUACAGAUGGGCAUUUUAUAUUCCGGAUGGUUCCGUGUUAAACGAAAUAAAACAACUAGUGGAACAAGGAAAACUAAAGCCUACAAUUGAUAGUGUAUAUACAUUUCAACAAACACCUGAUGCAAUAGAGAAAGUGGAAAAUGGAAGAACACGUGGAAAAGUAGUUAUUAAAAUGUAA